AGAGUGUUUUCAGCUGUUGUAUUUGGUGCAAUGGCCUUAGGAGAAACCAGCUCUUUUGCUCCCGACUAUGCUAAAGCCAAGAUAUCAGCAGCCCACCUGUUUCAGCUGUUCGAAAGAGUGCCCUCAAUAGAUAGUUACAGUGAGGAAGGAGAGAAGCCCGAAACAUUUGAGGGAAACAUAACCAUCAAAGAUGUGGCAUUUAACUAUCCAAACCGACCAGAGGUCAAAAUCCUCCAGGGUUUGAAUCUACAAGUAGAAAAGGGACAAACUCUGGCUCUUGUUGGUAGCAGUGGCUGUGGAAAGAGUACUGUUGUUCAGCUGCUCGAGAGAUUUUAUGACCCACUUGAUGGAGAAAUGCUUUUUGAUGGCAAAGGUGCCAAGGCACUAAAUAUCAAGUGGCUGAGAGCCCAGAUUGGUAUCGUCUCACAAGAGCCAAUCCUGUUUGACUGCACUAUCGCUGAAAACAUCGCGUAUGGAGAUAACAGUCGUCAGGUGCCAUUUGAGGAAAUUGUUAAUGCAGCAAAAGAAGCCAAUAUUCAUACCUUCGUUGACUCUCUGCCAGAUAAAUACAAUACCCGUGUAGGAGACAAGGGAACGCAGCUUUCUGGUGGUCAGAAACAACGUAUCGCUAUUGCCCGAGCUCUUGUGCGUCAGCCCCAAAUUCUGCUACUGGAUGAAGCUACUUCUGCCUUAGACACAGAAAGUGAAAAGAUUGUUCAGGAAGCGCUGGAUAAAGCCAGAGAAGGCCGUACCUGCAUCGUGAUAGCUCACCGCCUCUCCACCGUCCAAAAUGCUGACAAGAUUGCUGUCAUACAGAACGGCAAGGUCGUAGAGCAAGGCACCCAUCAGCAGCUUCUGGCUGAAAAAGGCAUCUACUAUUCUCUGGUCAAUGUUCAAAGUGUGUAAUGCAACACGUAGAAUAAAGGCAGUACUUACCUCUGAA